GGCUCCGCAUAUAGGGUCCUCUCACGUUGCGCUCUAGGGUAUAAACUCGCGGAUAAAACCGCUCUUGAACCAACUCUCCGCACACCCUAGUCCGUUGAUCGAUUCCCUGGGUUUAUCGACGUCGUUACACUGCGACGCAAAGGGGAGAUGGCCGUUGUUGUUUAGGAUUAUUGCUGACACGUUGGCAAACUCUGUGGGCGGUGUAACUCGGAGCUGCGUUUUUGGAGCCGCGUUCUCCGUUUGAAAAGAGCUACUCCACGGAGACUGGAGGCUCGGAGUGGAAUAGGAAUGGUCGUAGAGGAGACCGUUGAAUUGAAUAUUUAAUAUAUUUACAACUAUGAUGGCGCCAGCUGACGCCUGUGAAUUUACGCCGAGUGUUUUCCAUUUAGUGACACAAGGCUGCGGUCCACUUGACCGCUACAAAUGUUUUGGAGCGUUUUUUUUAUCCUUCUUUCUUCAUUUGAAAGAAAAGAGGAGAGGAAUGCUUCGAAGCAUUUUUAGCAUCAAACGGACCGCGGCCAAAGUCACACAAGUGUGUUUUUAUUUUUGUUAUCUAUUGGAAUUUCGAGAUAGAACGAUGUUUACGUCGACGUGUCUUGCUAAUUGUAAAUGGAAAGCGCUCACCGCAAAGAGAUGACCUCUAGUACUAGCUGCCAGGAUUUUCAAUGGAUGGUUGACAUCAGUGCCAUUUCAACCGACUCGUGCUUACUGUCUGUACUGCAAGAAGAAUCUGCACGCCCACCGUUUGUCGCUGCUGAAGCAUACAUGCACAAUGAAACAUCAGCGCUCGGCUUUGGGGUAUGCGCUGGAGGAGAAACAAGUACAGAAGUCGGAAGCCGUUGCACCCGAAGUGGGGCUCAUGGAAGAAGUCGAGACUUUGGAUGAUUCUUCUCAAACGGAGUUAGGCGAAGACAAUGAAGACGAUAUCGAAUAUGUUGUUGAAAGACUGGAAUCGGAGGAAGAACCAAUGGAAUUCGAAGAUGUAAAGGACAUCAGCCUAGGACAGGAAGAAGAAAAAGAGAUGGAUAAUAAUCAAUCCAAUGAGGAUUCUACGUCUGUAAUAAAGAAGCUCAAAUUAUCGUCCGAGUUACAGUCAAAAUGUCGAGAUCCUUUGGCAGAGGCGAUGGCUCACGUUCACAACGAAUAUCUUGAGGAGGACAGUGAAGAUCAGGAGAAUGUACAGAUGGAGAUGGUGGCAGAAUCAACUAACGAUGAUAUAUCUGUUCUAUCUGAGGCGGUGGACGACGAUGACGUGAAGACAUCGAAAUUAGACGAAGAUGAGAAAACGGUAAUCAAAGCCACACAGAAUGGAAAAAUCCUUACAAACACCUCGACAAGCACAGCGCCGACUCAGAAUACGAUUAAUUUUGUGCCGAUCGCGCCGGCGAAUAUGAAGACUCAAAAGAUCACUCUAAUGUGUGGUAACAAAACAUUUACAUUAACUGGCGGUGCCACGUUUCAACCGGGCGCGCAGUACGUACUGACCAAGCUUAAGGGUAACCCAGCGACAUUGACGCUGUCCGAUCAAAAAAAGGUCGUUGCGAUGAACGAACCAGACAAAGUCAAAGUGGAUACAACUGUACCUGGCAAUCAAUCACCGACUGCUCCUAGCACCAGUAAGCAACCGAUUGCCAAUCAGCAAUCGUUUAGCGUCAAAUCAACAUCUAAGAAGGCUAUUGCUUCGGGAAAGCAGUCAGCUUUAAAACAUGUAUCGAAAAAAUUGCGCAUUACCACAUAUGUUGUGGAUACUAUCAAGGGAAUUCCAAUUGGUGGGUUGCAAGUUAGCUUGUAUAAACUGUUGGACGGCAAAUGGACUUUCUUGAAUGAGAGCAAUACAAAUGCGGAGGGUCAUUGUAGCGAUUUGGUGGAAAAGCUUAACGGUACAAUCGGCCGUUAUAAGAUUCAUUUCGACGUCGACAAAUAUUUCACGCUGAAAAGGAUAGACACCAUGUUUCCGUUCGUCGAGAUCGUAUUUGACGUAAAGAACCCGAACAGUCACUAUCAUAUACCUCUUUUAUUGAGCCCAUUUGGUUAUACAACCUAUCGUGGCACAUAAAUAGAAUGUGCUAUUGAAUAGAAUAAAUUCCUUCGUGACAGAGAUAGUUGCGAGGAAAUACUUACGAUUUUCAUGAACAUUACAUUGCUAAAAACAGAUAUUUUUAUAUUGUAAAGUCAAGUAUAAGAAUGUAUAUGUAUAGAUACAUAAUGUACA